AUGCAACCUAGCUUAUCAGAUAUGAAGGCACUCUCAAACUGGAGUCUUCAUUUGACACGCCUAUUCAGUGGGACAACUAGACAAUUGCCUUGCAUAACAGAUCCUGAAGUAUAAUCUGCUUUCAAGGAUUUAAUGGCUAUGACCUGGGAUGAAAUUCCGGAUUCUGUUAUCAGUAAUACAAAGAAGGCAUUAUCAAAAGCUACUGAAGAUAAGGCUGGCCACGAGGCACUGGCAAAUCUUUGCCGUGCAGCAGAAGCUUCAGUGGAGUUUGCGGGGGUUUUAGUGUCUCUGAGGAUGGCACUUGAUGAUCUCAGUGGGGUAACUGGUGAGAAUGUAGGGCAGUUGCCAGAGUAUUUAGAAGAUGCCAUGAAAGCUGCAUAUAACCGCUACAUGACAUAUCUUGGUUCUUUUGGUCCUGACGAGGCCUAUUUGCGGAAAAAGGUUGAAAGCGAGCUGGGAACAAAAAUGAUACGCAUAAAGAUGAGAUGUAGCGGUAUUGGUUCUGAAUGGGGAAAGGUUACCCUUCUUGGAACUUCUAGUAUUUCUGGGUCAUAUGUUGAACAAAGAGCAUAAGACCAAUAAAAACCCAACAAAGUUGGUUGGAGGGGCUUCAGUGACACCAAAUUUGGCUGAUAGAGAUGCACAACAUGACGACAGUUCUCUGUAUCUGGGAUAGUUUCUGUUCUUGGUUAUUAAUUCCGUUUUGUUGUUUGGUACAUAUCCCAAGUUAAGCUUGGUGGUGAGGCACAUUUUAUUACAUGAACAAUAUCUUCCAGUUUAGACUUAGAAUUUUGUUGUUCUAUGAUGUUAAAAAUCUAUUGUCGGUAGAAUGAAGAAUUGAAUGAAGAAUUGCACCAGACAUCUUUUGGUUUCA